GCGCACACUCCUCCACAUAGACCAUGUUCUCUAUUUUUGUCCUUUCAAACUAUUGUUCUCUAUUCUACUAUGCUUUGGCCUGUCCCGUCAUGGCCUCAUCUGUUGGGACUCUUCGGGAUUAAGUUGCCACAUGACCAAUCCAUCCUUCACUGUGUCGCCGGAGCACGUUUAAUUAUUCAGGCUCCCCCGCUUUGAGCAGGGCAGAGGCAUUCGAAGCCAUUUUAUUUAGCUUGAACAACCUCUUUUUAAAUUAUAUAAAAUCACUAAACAUUCUUCAAAUUCAUUUUUGAGGCUGUUUCUCAACCAUGGCGCAGGGCAUAACAACCGGAGAGAAGUAUUGGGAGGAUAGAGUAGCCUUCGAAACAGAAGGAGCAGGUCAAGAACAUGUGGAAUAUGAUGAUGUUUUGGAGUUUAAUACAUUUGACGGACUACCCUACUCCUCUCGAUAUUACACAUUACUGAAGGAAAGGAUGUCUCUACCAGUUUGGAAAGCCAAGUGUGAUUUCAUGGACAAACUGGCCAACAAGCAGUUUGUUAUUGUCUCUGGCACUGCAAAAACUGGCAGAAGCUGUCAGAUCCCCCAGUGGUGUGCAGAGUUCUGCCUGUCUGUCCAGUACCAGAAUGGCAUGGUGGUGUGCACCCAGGACCACAGGCAACACACAGUGGAUCUGGCCCUGCGUGUAGCUGAUGAGAUGGACGUCAACAUCGGCCAUGAAGUGGGCUACAGCAUCCCUCUAGAGACAUGCUGCUCUAGUGACACUGUUCUCAGGUACUGCACUAGCGACAUGCUGCUCAGAGAGAUGAUGUCAGACCCCAUGCUGGAGCACUACGGUGUCAUCGUCAUUGACCAGGCCCAUGAGAGGACGGUCAGUACAGACGUUCUGCUGGGCCUGCUCACAGACAUCGCCCUGCAGAGGCCCGAGCUCCGUGUGGUGCUCCUCACAGCUACACACCCAGGACCCAAACUACUGGGCCACUACAGGAAUGUCCCACUGAUCCAGCUGGAGGGCGUGUGUUCAGCGGAGGCGGUGUAUACUGGUACCAGCCACAAGGACUACUUCUGCUCUGCCCUGCGACUGGUUCUGGAGAUACACCACUCCCAAGAGGAAGGGGACAUUGUUGUGUUUUUGGCCACAACUCAAGAGAUAGAUCUUGCCCGCGAUAUCCUCAAUACAUCUCCACAUCUAGGGGAACUUCUUCCUAUCUCGGUGCACCCUGGGCUGGGUGGGACUCUGCCCAUGCCAAGUGAAGAGGACGGCCGGUGCAGAAGAGUCUUCCUCACCUCCAGUCCAAACGAAGACCUCUUUUGGGCUGUGCACAAGCUGAACUUUGUCAUCGAUGCCGGUGUCCAGAAAAGAAAUGUUUAUAACCCUAGGAUCAGGGCGAACUCAGUCGCCAUUCAACCUAUCAGUAGGAGUCAAGCAGAGAGCCGCAAACAGCUUGUAGGACCAACAGGGAAGAGUUUCUGUCUGUACCCAGAGGACACACCCCUGCCCAGCGAGACACGCCCCCACAUCCUGGAGUCUGACAUCACGUCCACCGUGCUCUUCCUGAAGAGGAUGGACAUCGGUGGCCUGGGCCGCUGUGACUUCAUCGACAGGCCAGAUCCUGAAGGUCUGAUGCAGGCUUUAGAGGAACUGGACUACCUAGCAGCCCUUGAUGACGAUGGGAACCUGUCAGAGAUCGGCAUCAUCAUGUCUGAAUUUCCCCUGGAGCCCCAGAUGGCCAAGACACUACUUGCCUCCUGCGAGUUUGACUGUGUCAGCGAGAUGACCACCAUCGCCGCCAUGCUGGCAGCACCAAGCUGCUACCUGGUCCCCUCAAUGGAGUUGAGGCUAGAGGCCUCUCAGUGUCACCUUAAGUUCCAGCACCCAGAAGGAGAUCACUUCACCCUAAUCAACAUCUACAAGGCUUUCAAACAGAACCAGCAGGAGCCCUUUGUCAGUGUGGAGAAGUGGUGUCAGGACUACUUCCUGAGUCUGUCUGCCCUGCAGACGGCUGAUGCUAUCCGCUCUGAGCUGACUGACAUCCUGAGGAGGAUAGAGCUGCCUGUCUCCAUGCCUUCCUUUGGUUCCAAGGGAAACAUAAUCAACAUCAAGAGAGCGCUGUUAGCCGGCUUCUUCAUGCAGGUGGCGAGGGAUGUGGACUCAUCAGGGAAUUAUUUCAUGUUGACGCACAAACACGUGGCCCAGAUUCACCCUCUCUCUGCCUACGGCACCAAGACGCCCAAACUGGGCCUGCCGGAGUGGGUCCUCUUCCAUGAGUACACCUUCUCAGAGGACAACUGCAUUCGCACCGUGUCCCACAUAUCACCAGAGGAGUUCAUUCAGAUGGCUCCACAGUACUUCUUCUUUAACCUGCCUCCCAGUGAAAGCAAGGACAUCCUCCAGAACAUCUUAGACAAGGGAGCUGAACACUACAAAGCAAAGAAGAUUAAAAAGAGCCCCAGCCUAGACAGCAUACCAGAAGUCACAGCUAGUUGUGUCAUACAGUGAUUGUGAAUGCCUUGGAUGGGGACCUCUUUAGAGGCAGAAACGCCCUACUCAUUCCCUGGUACAUUAUAUGAUCAUGCUCACCAGUGUUACUUUUGUGUCAUUGAAACUUAGAAUCAUGUCAAAAUGUCAGGCUAUAAAAAUUCAUAUAAUUCCAUUUGUUAAUCACUUGCAUUUAUAUAUAGGAAAAGAGUGACUGUCCAGAUUUCCAAUGUGUUUGUUUUAGUGAUAUUUAUAUAGACAGUCCAUGUACCUGUAUGUGUUAUUUUUUGGAACUUGCACUUUAAUAAUAAAUACACCUCUAAAAAUUGA